GGGAGUGGGAGGGCUGGCAGGCCGGCCCUGGCUGUCCGAAAAGGUUUGGGUUGUUUUUUUUUUUUUUAAAUCCAAGAAAAGAAAAAUGUAAAGGCAACCCGAGAACUUUAUUUUUUUAUAGAUGUAAGAAAAAGUAAAGGGAAAAAAUUUAAGAAGAAAUUAAGGAAAAUAAUUAAAAAAUCCCCCAAACGCCCACCCCUUCGCCGAGACCCUGCCCCCGGCCCGCCCCACGCCGCGCUCGGGGGCCGUGGGGGCGCAGGACGGCGGCUCCCGGCCCCCCGGAGGCGGCGGCGGCGGCGGGAGCGGCGGCGGCGGCGGCGGCGGGGGGAGGCGGGCACCGGGCGCCGCCCGCCCCGCAGCCCGCCCGCCCCGCAGCCCGCCGCGCCGCGCCGCCGGCCCCAAAUGGAUUAUCUGCGGCUGGUGCUCUCCUGCCUCGUCCCCUUGCACGGCUGCCUGGCCGCCGGCAGCGCCCCAGAGCUGCUCCUGUCCGGCAAACUCAGCGAGUAUGGUGUGAUCGUCCCCUUCAGCGCCGAUUGCCGGGGUCGCUUCCUCUCGCACGUGGUGUCCGGCGACGCGGCGGCGGGGAUUGGCAAAGCUGCCUGUCCCCCGCGCCCGCCCCGCCGCCGCGUCCCCCGCAGCCCCCUGGAUGAAUCCCCCCAGCACCACGGGGCCGGCGGCCGCUUGCUCUACUUCAACGUCACGGUUUUCGGGAAGGAGCUACACCUCCGGCUGAGGCCCAACCGGCGGCUGGUGCCACCGGGCACCGUGGCUGAAUGGCAGGAGGAUUUUGAGGUGCUUUUCCGGGAACCACUCCAGCAGCGGUGCCUUUUCACCGGUGACAUCUCCGGCAUGCCCGGCGCCGCCGUGGCCAUCAGCAACUGCGAUGGACUGGCUGGCCUGAUUCGGACAGACAGCAAUGAGUUCUUCAUUGAGCCCCUGGAGAGGGGGCAGCAGGAGACGGAGGAGCACGGGAGGGCCCACGUGGUGUACCGCCGGUCGGCCAUCCGGCAGGACGGUGCCAAGCCACGCCAGGACCUCCAUCCCGAAGUGACCGGCGUGCAGGUGGGCGAUCUCCCCAACUCCCUGGAGCUGAUGACGGAGCGGCUGGGGGACACGGAGCGCAAGAGGCGCCAUGCCAGGAAGGACGACUACAACAUCGAGGUCUUGCUGGCAGUUGACGACUCGGUUGUACGCUUCCACGGGAAGGAGCAUGUCCAGAACUAUGUCCUCACCCUCAUGAACAUAGUGGAUGAAAUUUAUCAUGACGAGUCCCUGGGUGUUCACAUCAACAUUGUGCUGGUCAGGAUGAUCAUGGUGGGAUACCGCCAGUCAGUCAGCCUGAUAGAGCGAGGGAACCCAUCUCGGAGCUUGGAGCAGGUCUGCCGCUGGGCUCACUCGCAGCAGCGCUCCGACCCAGAGCACGCCGAGUACCAUGACCACGCUGUAUUCCUCACCAGGCAAGAUUUUGGUCCUGCAGGUAUGCAAGGCUACGCGCCGGUGACAGGGAUGUGCCACCCACUGCGCAGCUGCACCCUCAACCACGAAGAUGGCUUCUCCUCAGCCUUUGUCGUUGCCCACGAGACUGGCCACGUGUUAGGGAUGGAGCACGACGGCCAGGGCAACCGCUGUGCCGACGAGACUGGCAUGGGGAGCAUCAUGGCGCCGCUGGUCCAGGCUGCCUUCCACCGCUACCACUGGUCCCGCUGCAGCAAGCAGGAGCUCAACCGCUACAUUCACUCCUACGACUGCCUCCUGGAUGACCCCUUUGAGCACCAGUGGCCUACGUUACCCGAGCUGCCGGGCAUUAACUACUCCAUGGAUGAGCAGUGCCGCUUCGACUUUGGCGUUGGCUACAAGACAUGUACGGCGUUCCGCACCUUCGACCCCUGCAAGCAGCUGUGGUGCAGUCACCCAGACAACCCCUACUUCUGCAAGACCAAGAAGGGGCCACCCUUGGACGGGACCGAGUGCUCUCCAGGCAAGUGGUGCUUCAAGGGUCACUGCAUCUGGAAGACGUCGGAGCAGCCCUACAGCCAGGAUGGCAGCUGGAGCUCCUGGUCCAAGUUCGGCUCGUGCUCCAGGACCUGCGGGGGAGGCGUGCGCUCGCGCAGCCGCAGCUGCGACAACCCGCCCCCAGCAUACGGUGGGCACCACUGCCCGGGAGCCACCUACGAGUACCAAGUGUGCAACGCUGAGGAGUGCCCGGGGCCCUACCAGGAUUUCCGUGCCCAGCAGUGCUCCAAGCGCAACUCCUACUACACCCACCAGAACAGCAAGCACACCUGGCUUCCCUACGAGCAUCACGACGAUGCUCAGAAGUGUGAGCUGAUCUGCCAGUCCGAGGGAACGGGGGACGUGGUGUUCAUGAAUCAGGUUGUUCAUGACGGUACCCGGUGCAGCUACCGAGACCCCUACAGCAUCUGCGUCCGGGGCGAGUGCGUGCACGUCGGCUGUGACAAGGAGGUCGGCUCCCUGAAGCAGGACGACAAGUGUGGGGUCUGUGGGGGGGACAACUCCCACUGCCGGACAGUGAAGGGCACACUGGCCAAGACCCCCAAGCAGCUGGGUGUUUUGAAGAUGUUUGAGAUUCCAGCUGGGGCACGGCACCUUCAGAUAGAAGAGAUGGAGCCGGCACCCCACAGCAUUGCUGUUAAGAAUCAAGCCACGGGUAACUUCAUCCUUAACGCCAAGGGCAGAGAAGCCAAAAGCCACGUGUUCAUUGAGAUGGGCUUGGAGUGGGAAUACACAGUUGAACAUGGCAAGGAGAGCCUAAAAACCAGCGGUCCUCUGCACGAGGCCAUCAGCGUUUUGGUCAUCCCUCAGGAGGAGGAGGAGGAGGAGGUGAGAAGCAGCUUGAUGUACCGGUACAUCAUCCACGAAGACCUGCUGCCCAUGAUUGGAAACAACAAUGUCCUGCUUGAGGAGAUGGAUUCCUACGAGUGGGCCCUCAAGAGCUGGUCUCAGUGCUCCAAGGCAUGCGGAGGAGGCAUCCAGUACACCAAGUACGGCUGCCGGCGGAAGAGCGACAACCGGAUGGUGCACAGGAACUUCUGUGACAACAGCAAGAAGCCAAAGCCGAUCCGGCGGCGCUGUAACCUCCAGGAGUGCUCCCAGCCAGUCUGGGUGGCUGAGGAGUGGGGCGCCUGCAGCAAGUCCUGCGGCAAGCUGGGGGUGCAGGCACGGGCGGUGCAGUGCGUGCAGCGCCUGCAGGACGGCACCAACCGCACCCUGCACACCAAGUACUGCCCCGGGCAGCGGCCCGAGACGCGCCGGCCCUGCAGCCGCCUGCCCUGCCCGCCGCAGUGGAGGACGGGCGCCUGGUCGGAGUGCUCGGCGAGCUGCGGGGAAGGCGUCCAGCAGCGGCAGGUGGUUUGCAAAGGCAGUGAGAGUGGCGGGCGCUGCGAAGGCGACAAGCCGGAGGCCGUCCAGGGCUGCCACGUGGCCCUCUGCCCAGGGAAGCUCUCCGGCAUUACCGCCAGCGCUGACGCCGGCGACCGUGGCACGGCCAAAGGGCAACAGUUGCCCCAGGAUGGACCCAAAAACCCCGUUAGCAAGAUCUCCUCUAGGGAGCCUUGCCUCGGGGACAAGUCCAUCUUCUGCCAGAUGGAGGUCCUGGCCCGCUACUGCUCCAUCCCUGGCUACAACAAGCUCUGCUGCGAAUCCUGCAGCAAGAAAACCUCCUCCACCAGCGGCUCAUCCCCUGCCAUCGGCCCCAGCGCUCCCCCGGGAACCAGCGCUCCCAGCCCUGCUCCACCGCUCUCCCCCCGCCCCACCGCCCCUGCCCGGGGGGGACCCGGUGGGGACCCCACUCCGGCUCCUCGGGCCAGGCCAGCUGCUGGCGGAGGGAUGCCCGGCAGUGGUGCUUCCCCCGGGGGGCUGCCAGACCUGAGCGAGCCGGGCAGGGGCUGGGCAGCCAGGUAACCCGCUCCCACUGCAGGGCAGGGGAAGCCUUUCGCCUUCCUCCCUCUCCUCCUCCCCCUCUUUUUCUCUCUCUCUCCCACUUCCAGCGAUGGUUUUCACAGGUGGUGCUGCUGGGUUUGGAAACAAACCUGUUCACCCAGAAAUCCCUGGGAAAACCACUUUUUUUCUCAUGAUUCCCCCGCCCUCCCAGCUGUGGCAUGUGGUUUUUUUGACAUCAGCAUGGAAAAAAGGUGAAAAGGAGCAAGAAAAAGCAACAGUAGCUUGGUUGCAGAUCACCUGCAAUGGGCCGCUUCCUUCCAAGGUGCUAAAAAGAUUUGGGGAGGGGGCUUUAAUGUUGCUUUUUCCUUCUCCCUGCCCCAAGCAGCAACACGAGAUGUGCUGGAGAGGAGGGUCCUGGCUCAUCGGUUCAGCCCUGGUGCUUGGAGCUUGGGGAUAGCAAAGGGAGGGUGCUGGGAAGCUGGGGCAAGCAACCGGAGGGAGGUGGUGAGGUGGAGGGGAAAUGUCGGGAAACACCCAAACUGCUGUCCUGGGCUGUCCCCGUUGGGGUAGAGAGUUUGGGAAACAUGCCUGGGGGAAGACGGAGCGUGAAAACUAUAGACCAGCUUCUGUCCUGUAUUGUAGGAUAGGCAGGAGAUGGUCCAAGCAACAAUAAGGAGCAAUAAGAACAAGGUCUAAGACCAAAAAUACAUGUAAAAAUUGCCUGUCACCCAGCGGUGACCUUUUAGCCAAUUUUGCUCUUGGCCAGCCUUGAGCUGAUACUGAUGCCCAGCCUCCCCGGGACCACCGGCCUGAUCCCUGCACCCUUGUACCCAGUGUCUGUGGGGCACCUAAAUGGAGACGACUGGGAAGCCAGCAGUGGAUUUUAGGGGCAGUUGCAAAGAAAGGAGAGGAAGAUUCAUCUGUGUCCUUUUUGUCGCUUGGGAGGGGCUGAAAGGGAGGUGAUUUGAUGCCGUUAAAAAAUAUUCUGCCAAGUACUAAACAUAUGCACAGCACUUUAGAAGCCUAGGGCUGCGCGCAGCUUGCUUGGUGUCCGGCCAGCUCCAGGCACAGGGUCUGCCUGGAGGAGUUACAGUCCUCCAGACCUCCCCAGCGCGGGGUCAGGUGGCCUGCUGUGUCCCCGAGGGCUGUCCCCGAGGGCUGUCCCCGAGGGCUGCCGUGGCUUUGGUGCUUAGGCGCUUGCAGCCUCGCAGCUGAGGGCAUCCAGCACCUCCAGGUGCGGUGGCAGGGGGAAGGCGGGCUCGCGUGGGGGGUGAGCACUGUUAGGGAGGAGGUUUUGGGGCUGGAGAGGUGGAGUCUGAGGAAGGCAAGGCUGGGCUGAUAGACCGGGUUGGCAUCGCAAAACGGGUUCUCUCGGGAGCAGGUGCAUCCACUGGCCCUGGCGGCGCUGCUUCCCUGGCCACCGCAGGAGCAGGACGGGGCAUCUCUAGGGACAGUGUUUGGCUUCAGGUGGCCGGGGCUUGCAGGUGAGGUGGCCGGGGGGUGGUGCUUGGCACGCACCAAGGAGCCCACGGGUUUUAGGACAUGCUGCUGUUCAAGCCUGGUGAUUUCAGUGCCGUUGGUGCAGGGGCAGAGCGCUGCACUGGUAGCACCCGUGUGGCCGCAGGAAACUUGCGGUUGGAGCAUCUCGGAGGAGCUCGUGUCAGUGUGCAAGCUCCCCUCAGCCUUUGCUAGUCUGGCGUGGCUAGGGGAGAGGUUGAGGUGCAUGCUUUAAUCGAAACGUAUGGAGACCUCUGUGCAUUCCUGACGUUUUUAAGCAUUGGACUCCCUCUGCAAUGCUCCUCUGGAGUUACCCAAUGGUACAAAAAGGGCUGGAGAGAUAGUAAGAGUGGCUCGUGCACCCUCCUGUCCUCAGAUCACCUCCGAGUCAAGGCUGGAUGAGCAUUUAUCUAACUCCUCUUAAAAGCACCUGAGGCUGGAGGUCUCCCCUCCCUUUGCUAUGAAGUGGGCUUCAUGGAAGACGGGAGAAAGCCACACGUCUGAGCCAAGCCACCAGCACACCUUGUGGGAGUGGACAGAUGGAGGGAUGCCUACCGAACGCUGGAGCGGGGAGUCCGGGUCCGAGGCGUGCAGGUAUUGGUACCCACAGAUCGACACGGUACUGGGAGUGUACCAGGGUGGGGUUCACCUCUCGCGCUGGUGACACCACCGCCGUGCCCCUUGCCAGCCUAUCCACCAGCACCGCCUCCGCCGGAGCGCCAGCAUUUAUUUAUUGUGCCAAAGAUAACGCUUUGUUUACUCUUCAAGGAGCAUCUCUCCCCAGCAGCGUGGGGCAGGGGGACUGGGGCCGAUGCAGGCUGUGCCACAGCCCUCUACUGGGCUGGCUUGGGGCAGGGCUGAGCUUCCUUUGCCUUUCCCUGCCCGAAGCAAGGCACUUCUCCAGUGUUCAGCCCCGUGGCCCUUGGAGGCACUGAAUUAAAACAAAACCUUCCCCACCACGAAUGGCCUGUAAUGUCUCCAGGGUGCAGUACAUGUGCGCGUACGCAUGCUCCCUCCUUCCUCCCAAAUUCUCAGUCGCACCCCUCCCUUCAGUGCUGUCCUGGGCAUUAGUGCUUUAUUGCAUUAGGAAUAUUUGCAGUGGUUCCUUGCUAUACCUCAGAGGAGAGCUGUGGCUCAGGACUGCCCCAGCCCCCUUGCAUCCCCCAGCCAGGGUCCCUUGUGGGGGCUUCAGGGCAAGGGGGCUGCGCUGCAGGUGCUAACGCCCACCUCCAGCCGAGAGGUGGGCAAGAUUAUUUAAAGCAGGGUGCGAUAAACUCCCCCCCUCUGCCACAUGUGGAUGCUCUGGGGUGGUGAUGCUGCAGGGCCGGGACCCAGCACUGGGAUAUUUAUUCCAGCCAAGCGCAAGACAUCCCUUGGGUGGGCUGAGGUUGGGUCGCUUCUCACCAUGCAGGUGCCACGGUGCGUGGAAAGCCGUGGUGUGGGGAUGUAGCGAUGCGAUGUCCCAGCUCCCAGCAGGGAUUUGGUCCUGUCUCUGUGAGGACAGGGUGCAUCUGGCCCCCUCCGUGUCCUCCUGGGCUGGGUGGACACACCAAGUCAUUCCUGUGAUAUAACCUUGUCCAGUGUUAUGAUGAUGUAUAAAGUUUUGUACAUAUGAGAUUCAGAGCUUUUUAACUUUUAAUAUUUAUUAAUUUUGUUGGGUUCUUUUCUUUUUUAACUCUAACAUAAUGUAAAAAAAAAAUCCACGUCGAAA